UUUGCGCAUGCGCGAGGGUUUUGGGGCUGAUGGAGAGAAGAUGCCCACUGCCAUCGUCCCAGUAUAGCGGAUGAGCAUUAAAAAACCACGGAGAAAUUUGGGACCGCAGCCUCGACCAGUCUGUCUCCGCUCUGUGUCGCCGCAGCUGCAUGCUGUAGCGUCCCAAGAAGCCCGAUGUCUGUGGCAAAUGCGAAACACACGGUGCUUAAUCCGGUGAUCCCAUACACAGGGACCAUACCUGGAGGCCUGCACCCCGGGGAGAUCAUCAUCAUUCAGGGCACUGUUCCCCCAGAUGCUGACAGGUUCCACAUAGACCUGUCGAGUGGCUGCAGUACCAAGCCACGCUCCGACAUCGCCUUCCAUUUCAACCCUCGCUUCAGGGGCUCGCCCUGUGUGGUCUGCAACUCCCUGCAGCAGGAGAGCUGGGGCAAAGAGGAGACGCUCCACCAGCUGCCCUAUAAACAGGGAGCCCCCUUCGAGACCAUUGUCCUGGUGCAUGAAGACGUCUUCAAGGUUGCAGUAAAUGGCAGUCACUUGUUGGAAUACAAGCACAGAAUCCCAUUGGACAGGGUCGACACAUUUUCUAUUUCUGGGAAAGUCAGGGUGCACGCCAUUGGCUACAUUCCAAACUCAGCAAUAUAUUCAGAAUCAGGGGACUUGAACCUCCCUUACAAAGGCAGUAUACUCAAAGGGCUGAGCCCAGGACAGCACAUUACAAUCAAGGGACAAGUUAGCAUGUACCCUCACAGCUUCACAGUGAACCUCCGCAACAGCAGCACAGAGAACAUCGCCCUUCAUCUGAAUCCACGGAUGAAGUCAGGCAUGUUCAUCAGGAACUCCUACCUGAGUGAGUCCUGGGGCCGGGAGGAGCAAGAGCUGCCCUUCUUCCCCUUCUCGGCUGGGGAAUACUUUGAGAUCCUCAUCCUCUGCCAGUCCCACCAGUUCAAGCUGGCAGUGAAUGGCUCACACCUGUUUGAGUUCAGGCACCGGGUGCAGGACCUGAGCAGCAUCGACCAGCUGGAGAUCAUGGGAGACCUGGAGCUGAGGGACGUGAAACUGUGGUGAUGCUGCUCAUGGAAGCGAGGCUGGACUAGGCUAAUCCAGGCCUAGGAGGAGGAGGAGUCUGGGUUAUGGGUGGUAGGCUAGUCCAUUAUUGUGUUCUGGUUACUCAUGCUAAGUUAGCUUAGCUAAGGUGACCCAGACAAUGGAUGCUAAACAAGGCAAGCCCUAUACUGACUUCAGCACUGAACGCUAGGCCAGGUUAGUCUUACAGCAACCCAGAUCACUGAUUUCGGGCUAAUCUAGCAUUUCGGUGACCUAAGACCCGACAUGGCCAAGCUAUGUCAAGCUAUUUCCUAUCAUGGACAAAAUGGCCCUUUUCCAGGCCUGGCUUGAGGACUGAUGCAUGAGUUAGCUGUGUUGGGUUGGCAGGCUGUGUGCUCCUAUAUCUGAACAACCAUGACUGUUUACAGCAAUUAAUAAGUUAGGUUUGCCUUGGUUCUUUUCUCCGUCUGUCUCUAGAGCAACUCUUCUGUAAUACACCCUAUUUAGUGCACUGUACAAUGAAAACAGGAAUAAUACGUACAAGUUAUUGUGUGUUGUAGUACUGGCCUCGUUUAAAUGCCACAAAAUGUUCACAAAUACCAUUAACAGCCCUGAAAUUGAAAGGCUGCCUUCUGUUGGAGCUGGAUGGCAGAGCAAGGCCAAAGCAAGACUAAUUUCUUGUAUAACUAAUUUGAAAAGCUUCAAAACAUUUCCUAUUGCCAUUAUAAAACAAGCUGUCGUGUAUUUUCUAUUUUUUUAGAAAUCAAACCAUAUUUUUCAACUUAAGAUGAUUGCAGUCAUUUGAUCUAUAAAUUUUAUACAUCACAUUUUUAACUUAACAGGAGCAAACAUGACAGCAUUUUAUUUCAGGUUGGGUAAUUUUUCCAGGGUUAAUAACUGGAUUGUGAGUGUGCUAUCAAGACCUCAUUUCUCAGGAACAUUUCCAUUCCCCAGCCACCGAUGUAAAGUCUAGAUCAAGCAUAUGCUAGCUUCCCAUGUGCUUAAAAUAUGAACCACUCCAUCAUGUAAUGGUGCAACACAGUUCAAGCACAGUGCAGCACAGGGUCGGCUCAAAUCCUUUCCAACAAAGACGUAACAUUUUGCAACCUUUAUGCAAGCUAUAGCACUUAAGUUCUUAUCUUUUGAAAUGUCUUCAUGGUACAGUCCCACAUCAGUGAUCAUCUGUAGGCUCACAGCUCCCCACGCUCUGGUUCUGCCCUCAGUGGUGCAAUGAUGAAACCUGCUCUAAUCAAGAAUGGGAAAAAGUAAUCUUUCAGACUUGUAAAUUGCAAUGCCUGUUCUGUUUGUUGUAAAUUAAAUGAACGAAUAAUCUAUGUAUCAUAAAUGAUUUAAUAUCUAAUAAAUGUAUUGCUAUUAUCA